AAUAAAUGGAAUUUCUUAUACUGUUAUUUUUGCCCAUUGAAUGCCAAAUCUCUUUCACUCAUCCCUCAUCAUGUCAAAUCCUAUUGCCUACAGGCACUACCUUCGCAUUUUGCGGCGCUGGCCCAAAGACCUUUUGCGGCCCGAAGUCACUUUCCAGAAUGCCAUGCGCAAGCGCCUUGAGCAACGAUUUGGGCCUUCUGCCGUAGCGGCGAACCCUCAAGACAAAGCUGCCGAGAAAUCUAUUACGCCGUCACAGCUCAAUGAGACCGCUGAGCUUGCCCAAGUGAACGCGCUUUACUCGUUGCUUGAGAAUAGAUACAGCAAGAAGUAUCCGACCUCUCCCUCGCUCAUGCGCCCGGCCUCAAACCCUGGUUAUUAUGAAGAUCUUAUUGCCGAGCUCGAAGCCGCUCCCAAGCGAUCAUGGCUUGCCAGCUACCUGAACAAGUGGAAGGGUUUCUUGCGAUUCAAGUAGAGAUGGGUCCGCCUCCUUCAUUGCUCGCAUAUUCGACUUGUCAUACUAUCAUUCGAAAUCGGUUUUUCCCCUCGGAAAGAUUCGGCGGAAAUUGGCGUUAUUAGGCGCAACAUAUUUUACCUGGAGGGACACCCUUGACGCUAUUCCCCUAAAUAGAGUCAGUUGGGUCAUCUGCGUGCGCUCACCAUGAGCCUUUAUCGUGGUACAAAUCGUGAGAUACCCCGCUCAUUUGACGGCUGUGAUGUAUAAAAGGGCAGAAGCUGAACAGCUUCGAUAUACCUCAAUUAUACAUUGGAGCUACCAAAAUAUCCGUUUUUAACACCUAUUAUUAUUAUUUUAUUCAGAUAUUUUACUUUAGUCUUUUAUAGCGUAAUAAUACAUCGAAC